UGUGUGUGUGUGUAUGUUUAAUGUGUCAUCAAUCUCCCUUGCAGGGCGCGGUGUUUUUUGAGGCCUUCCGGCCUUGUAAUUUUUGUACCUUAGUUUGAAUUUAUCCUAGUUAAUUUAAUUAAAAACAGAGGAUGAGUGAACGCCAUAGUUUCGGCGUCGAACCGAUCACAUGCCAUGCUUGGAAUCAUGAUAAAACUCAGUUAGCGCUAUCAUUAAACAAUCAAGAUGUUCACAUUUACGAACAGAAUAAAGUCACGAAUGAGUGGAAGCUGAUGCACACCCUGUCUCAGCAUGAGCUACGAGUUACGGGUAUUGAUUGGGCUCCCAGAACCAAUCAAAUUGUCACUUGCUCAGUGGACCGCAAUGCUUAUGUAUGGAGAUUGGAUUCGGAUGGCAAGUGGAAACCAUUCUUAGCUAUGUUACGAAUUAAUAGAGCUGCCACCUGCGUGCGAUGGUCUCCAGAAGAAAACAAAUUUGCUGCUGGCACUGGUGCUAGACUAAUAUCUGUUAGUUAUUUUGAGAAACAGAAUAACUGGUGGCUGUCAAAACAUAUUAAGAAACCUAUCAAGUCAACAGUGUCUUGUCUGGACUGGCACCCGAAUAACAUGUUAUUAGUCGUCGGAACAAGUGACUUUAAAGUGAAAGUAUACUCUGUCUACAUUAAGGACAUUGAAGAUCCAGCUCCAGCAACCUCAUGGGGCUCAAAACAUGUAUUUGGAACUCCAUUAGCUGAAUUUCACAAUUCCUCCUUCGGAGGAGGCUGGGUGCAUAGUGUUGCUUUCAGUGGCGAUGGCAAUCGGAUAUGUUGGGUAGCGCACAACUCAUCAAUCAAUAUUGCUGAUGCCUCUAAUGGCAACAUAAGUGUCACUAGUUUAAAAACACAAUUUUUACCUUUUAAUAAUUGUAUGUGGGUUCGACCUGACAGUAUUUUAGUGGCCGGGUACAGUUGCUGUCCGCUAUUAUUCUCAGUGAACGCAAAGAACUCAAUUACUUUCGUGUGCAAGUUGGACUCAUCGCAAAAGAAAGAAUCUGGAGGAAUCAGUGCAAUGCGCAAGUUUCAGAGCUUGGACCGACAAGCUAAAGUAGAGGUCAAUACAUCUCUAGAAACAAUACAUCAAAAUGCAAUAACAUGCACCAAAAUUUUUAGCGGAGUCAAUGGCAAUGUAGCAAAAUUUAGUACCAGUGGCCUCGACGGUCAGCUCGUCAUUUGGGAUUUAAAUCUACUGGAGAGUUCAAUGCAAAACAUGAAAAUAUCCUAAAACCUGAUGCCAAAUCUCGGAAGAAAAGUGGCCAAUCAGCAAACCCAUGCUCAACAAAUGAUUGUCCUUUCGCUUACAAAUAACAGAUAAUCGUUAACUUUUAGCAAUGAAGCUGUGUUGUUUAAAUUAUUUUAGCGAGUUGAUUCAGAUUAUCCACAUUGUAAAGUAUUGCGUUACUUACGUUCAUAUUUUAUAUUUUUUCUGGCAUUUAUAAUGUAUUAAAUUUUUAUUCUUAUUUUACAUCUAUUUAUAAUUUUUUAAGUUGCGAUCAAACAGUGUUAGUAAAUAUGUAAUCCUCAUUUUUUUCUUUUUUUAACUAUUUAUACACCAAUUUCUAAUUUUA